GGAAUGUUGUGAUUAUGAAAUUAUGACUGAUGCAAGUGCAAGAUAAUUAUAUUGUGAAUGGCAGAACUUUAAAAUGUUAGUUUGUUUCCAUCUAGGGUAGUUCAAAUAAUACAAAAAAUCUCAUUGAUUGAAUCAAAUUAGCUGAUCAGGGAGAUGAAAUCUUGUCUGAUACUGACCAGUCACUGUUUCAAGUGUUUUCAGUAGGAUGAUUAGUUAAUUUAGUUCUGAUUAGGAAUUAUUUUAUUAGGCAGGGGUCUGCAAACUUUUUUUAGUAAUUAAUUAGUGAAGUGUGGUUAUCCUAAAACUCUACUGUGACUACUGUUGUCUGAGCCUACUGAAUUACUGAUCUAACUGCGUAUAUCAUUAAACUGCUAAUUCUAGUUCAAGUGUCAUCCAUUCCAUGUUAAGUUAAAGUUAAUAUUACUACACACCAGACUUAAAGAGAAGGGGUUGUUAUUGAACUUAAUUUUAAUGGGGAAGGAACAGGGUCUAGGCAGUAGAAUGAGAAUGUCACAUAUGUUAGUGUAGGCCUAAUGUAAUUAGUUACCAUCCUUAUAUGACCUCACACAUCAAUGGGGAGAGGUGGGUCACAUUUUUGUGACAAGGGAGAGUUAAAGCAAUGUGAUAUCACAUUGACAUUAUCAUUAACUCUUUCGCUGCGGCGCAAGGCACAGUGCGUUCAUCUGCCGUUUUAAAAAGCACAGACCAACGCGCUCUGCGUUGUUUUAACAUCAUGUUUCUUUCUUUGCUAUUUCUCAGUUAAAUUUUUUAAGAGCUAUUUUUAAAUAAGACUUUUACAUAGUUGAGUGUUACUUCAUUUUUUGUAAGUGAAACCAAGUUUUAUUUGUUGUCAUUUGAAGCAUUAUUUUAAUGAUUUUUUUCUACUCCUGCUAUGGCUACCAUAGGCCCUAGUAGGUGAGUAAAUUAACAGCUCAAAAAGCUUUGAAAUUUUUUAUACUUCUUCUUUUGAUAGUGAGGAUGAUUUAUAGUUAGAUCCAUCGCAUGAUUCCAAUAGUAGUAGUUUUAGAGCAUUUGAGUUACAGAAGUGAAGAUGAGGUAUGCGUACGUCUUAGGGUUUGGGGAAAAUAUGGUUUUGCAUAUAAUGUUUUCACAUUUUAUGGUUCUUUUAUAAUACUUAUUUUAUUUAAACUGAAAAAAAUAAGUUUACAAACAUAUGGUCAUGGUUAGGUAGUUCACUAAGCCGCGCGCGCCGAUCGAUUUUUCGGAUUUCGGAACCAUAAUCCUAUGACUGGUCAAUGCCGGUAGGUCACGGGGGUCAUAUUUAGAUUUAGUUUCCUUUGUCUACGUAAUGGAGAGACAAUGAACAUCGGAUAGUCUGUUUUGUGCACACGAGGAGGACGAUCAUUACAACAUAAACUUUUUCACCGGACUGACAGGGCUUGUGGUAGAUAUCUUUCAUUGGGAAAACAGGUAAAUUUGCUAGCGCAAUAUUUCGGAAACCAUAAUAGCAUUCCAAUUAAUUCUUUUUGUAUUGUAUGCAUGAACGAUUUAACUAGCUGAAACAAGAAACAUGAUGACAUUUAGAUAGGUCUUAAAUUGUGUAAACAGGGUGUCAAUUUAAGCAUAAUUCGUAACAAGUUAUCGAUUAGGCCAAAUGAACCGGAAGUGAUAACCAUUCUCUGUUAUUAUUAUUCUUAUUGCAUAAGAAGUAUUUUAAAAUCUUUAUAAAUCAAUUGUUUUUAAAAGCAGUCCAGUUCAUUUUUAUUAUUAAACUUGUUUUUAUUUCAUGAAUAACAAAUUUAUAAAUAUUUUAUACAUACUGGAUAGACAGCAUAAGUAAAAUCACUAUUGUCUUAAUUAAUUAAUAAUUUAAUUACAACAUUAUCACACUGAAUUACACAAUCUUAAAUUACAUACAUAUAUCAUAUAUCAAUUAAAUAAAGAAGGUACCUUUUGCUACUUAUGUUAAAAUCCUCAUUUUGUGUUUAAUUAAAUCAAUUUUCUAUCUCUAUUUCAGUUUGUCUGGAUUACUAGACCACAUUGAAUUACAACGAGUUUGUGUUGCGGUGAAGCAAAAAUAAUGCCUCUCCUGCCUCUACUGACUGCCCAGCUGUGCCAAGUGUUGCUUCGGCAAAACAUCUCUAGAUACGUUUCUGGAAUAUGGCCUCUACUGCCAAAAUGUGUCUGCGCGAACAAUUUCACUUAAAUUGUUGUACUGGUCUUUCCUGUUUUAACAAAAACCUAUCAGGUGCGACUGCAUGUCCAACUGGACAAUCCACCACAAUAUGGACCACCAGAGCAUAAUCUUAACAGCUAUUGAUAUUUUUCACCAACUACUGCAUUUAUAUGGCAAUUUAUACACUCAGGACUCAUAUUUAUCAUCAUGAUGGAUGGAAGCAACAAUAUUGACACAAAGUAAACCAUUUUGAAAAACCAUUCAUAACCAAUGGUAUCUUUAACUGUUACAAAUUUGAUCAAGAUUGCCAUGGACUCGGCCAACACAUUAAUUUUGACCAUCAUCUUUCUAUGAAAGAAAAUAUCUCUCUUUUAUUCAGCCGUUCAAUGAACUAUAGCAGUACUAAUAUAAUAUAAAGUGAUCAUCAUUUGUACUGUGGAUUUCAAAUAGCAUGGCUACUUGGAUUAUCAAUUUCAUGGAUUGGCUCAUGGAUGAUUGGAUUUAACAUAUGUGAUCAGCAUUUUUUCAAUGCGAUUUAUCCAUUAUUAUACAUUAUUUAAUAAAUCUUUUCUCUGAAUUUAUUCACAGUAUUAAUAUUAAUUUACUAGAUGAUUGUGUGCAUUAACUCAAUAGGUUGAAUUAGUAAUAUUUAUGCAAUUUGUAUUUUUAUAUAAAUUUAAUGUAUUUAAAUUUAUUAAUUUAUUAAUAGUUAAAUGGCUUAUUAUUACAGCCCAAUAUCUGAUUAAAUUAUACUAAAAAUUUGAAGGCUUUAACUUAACAGGUACAAAAAGUUAUGACAUUUUGAGAAUUGAGAACAGGCGCUACAUUUUUAAUGAAAUUUACUUACGCUCUAUUGUACAAAUCCCAGGCAUUAAUAUAUUUAUUGUAGUAUUUGCAUAUCAAUGAAUUCGUUAAUUGAAAUGGUUGUAAAUUUUGAAGCUUUACCUUUGCUGACUAAAAAGUAAUUGCAUUUUGAGUGUCAAGGAUGUCUUUUUUUGGAUCACAGAAUUUGGGAAAUUAUUUACUAAGGCUAUAUAAGGAAAAAUUCGGACACUAAAAAUGUGAUAACUUUUUUUUUUCGAAAUAAGGUAGAAAGAUAAACUUGGUAUCAAUGGAAAAUAAAUACUGAUACUGCUAUUCAAAAUGCAUAAAAACAUAUAUUAUUUUGGAUGGCAGGAACAACUAGCAAUAACAUAAAAUGAAAUUUAUUUUCUUACUAUUACGCACCACAGGUGUUUUCACCCCUGUUUAAAAACCACUUUUGUAGGGAAAGGUUUCUGUCACAGGUGCAGUAAUUUGAUAUCCAUGGGAGGUGGUUUUUGUAAAGGUUUGUAAAGGACACUAGUGAAAAGAGGGAUUUUUUAGGGGGGGGGGGUGUGUGCAAAGGCUUCUGAUGCUAUGUUUAAGGAGGGGUUUCUGAUUCUGAUAGGGUAAGUUGCCGCAUCCAUGUACUGCCAUAUGUGCAACGCUUUGGGAAAAGAUGCGGCUAUCCUAAUGUCUCCUAGCGGGUGCCAGGGGAGCCUUGAAACUCUCAAUUGAUGUCCAGUCCACAGCGGCAUUGUCCAGUUGCUUCCAAGCAAUUAUUGUUCAUGGAAAGAAUGAUUGUUUAUAUUGGACUGUGUUACACCGAGGCACAGUGAAGCAUUUACUAUUGUUCCAGAUGUAACUGCUCAUGGAGUUGUCAGAGGUGAAGUCAGUGUUUAUUGAGCGUUUGGCUUUGAUUAAGUGACCUGGCUUCUGUGGGGUGAGAUACGUGUUAGCUGGGAUGGACGGCACUAGCUGGUGACCACUUUAUAUAGGAAUGUUAGAUGGAGCUUUUCUCGUCUGUCUUUAAGGGAGGGAAUGUCAAAUCUAUUUAAGAGGUUUGUCUUACUUUUUGUGACAAUGGGGGAAGGGGCAAAAAUCUGCAAAAUGUUUGUGACAUUUAUGGAGGGCACCUUAGAAAUACAUUAUUACAAAUUUUACAUUAUUUUUAAAGGCUAGGUCCUAUUGGCUAUUGACCCUAUGAAAUAAAAACUUCAUAGAAAUUUUUUUGUGAUUAUUAUAAAUUAAUUUCCUUCUGUUGCUUUGUUUUUUCAUAAUCACAAAUGAACUCUCUUGCCUAAAUAUUGCAACAGUAAAUUCAGUAAUAGUAGUAGUAGUAAUAUUUUAAUUUAGUCUAAAAUGUCUCUAAACAACAUUGUCCACCAUAUGCCUGGUCCUGUGUUUGUGAUGUCAUAUUUGACCUAAUUAUUUGUUUAUGCUAUAAUCAGAGAUUUGUAGCAGACUUUUUGUCUGAGCUCCACUCCUGACAACUUUUUGAUCCAGCUCUGGGCAAGAAGACCCUGCCCAUGAGCUCCGCGGUAGUUUAUUUUAUAGUAUUCAGAAAGCCCAGGUUAACUCCUGGAGAUGUCCCAUCAAUACUCUGCACAAGAACAUUUUGUGCUAGAAUCUGCUUCAUCAGCCACCUGCGCACCCAUAGCCAAGUUCACAAUUAGCAUAUACGAUAAUUAAAAUGGUCAUAGUUGAUUUCAAAUCACGAAGUAUAUUCUUAAUUAAUCUCAAAUUCAGCAGACACAGAGGUUAAUUUUUCUUGCUUAUGAUCGUUCAAGUUUAAAACCAGCAAGAAAAAUCAUAAAUGUUGAGAAUUCCAUUUUUUUGUCCACUCAAAAGCCUGAAAAACAACUAAUAAUUUUUGUUUUGCUAACUUUUAUGAAAUCAUUUUAUAGGCCUUAUUGUAUUUUAAUGGUUAACAGUUAAUAUUUAUUUAACUGUUAUCAUGAUUUUCAGUCCGUUUAUAAAUGCUGUUGUUCUGUCUCUUAAAAAAAUAUUUUUAGUAAUGAAAAAUAACCGUGACGUUUUAUUUUUAGCAGAUAACUGAAAGAGCCUGCAUAUAGUAAAUUAAAACAAAUCUACAGUUUUUUGUUUAAAUUUUAAACUGCUUUGAGAAUGUCAAAUCCUGGAGAAUGUAUCGCUGUUAUAAUGGCUGCUGGAACUGGAUCAAGAAUGACAGACUUGACCCACCAGUGUCCUAAACCGUUGUUGCCUAUGGGUCGUUUUCCUAUGAUAUGGUAUCCUAUCCGAUCUUUAGAAAAGGCAGGGUUUUCUGGUAAGAACAGUCAUUUUUUUAUAUUAUGUUUAAUUAUCUUGUCAAGCAAAGAACACUCUUGUAACUGCAUCGAUUUAUUUUAUUUCUUAAUAAAAAUUGAAAAAUUAAUAUAUUUCUUAAAUGGUUUUUAAGAAACUUUUUAAAAUUAGUGAAUGCUAUAGUCUUAUGAAAUGAAAUCAUCCAAGUCUUGUUCUUUUUCAGACAUCAUUAUUAUAACACGACAAGGUUGGCAUGACCAAAUUCAGAAUGCUUUAUCUGUUGAUGGAAUACCUGUCCGGGCUCGGCUGGAAUAUAUAGAAAUUCAAGAUUCAGAUGAAGGAGGAACUGCUGAUUCUCUAAGGCUCAUUGCUGAUAAAGUCAAGGUCCUUAUUUAUAUGGUUACAUUACUAUUAGUUUCAUGGAUAAAUAUUGAGCAUAAUUGUCUUUUUCAACUAUUGACAGACUUUUAAUAUUUUUAAAAAUUGUCUUAGCUCUGUUAAGGGCUGAUUGCUGGAACAGCAUGUAAUUAUCUGUCUUUUGCCACAGACAAAUGUCUUGGUUGUGACUAGUGACCUGAUCUCAGACUGUGACUUUUCUGAGCUUAUGGCUGUACACCGCAAGCAUGGCUCAUCCGUGACUGCUUUGUUGUCACAGUUGCCAACAACGCUUACAGCAGACACUCCAGUCCCAGGAUUUAAAUCAAAGCAGCGGAACAUGGCAGGUACAUCUUGGCAUGUGUGUUGUAUAUAUAAUUUAGAAAAGAGAAAUAAUGAAUUUCUUCCCAAUAAAUAUUCUUCAAAAAUAUAGGUGUAUAAUUGGUAUAAAAUAAAAAUCAUGGUGGAGUGUUUACAAAUAUUUAAAAAUUGUAUUGUAAUAUCCUUUCUUUCCAUGGAUCAGCUGAAAAAAUAUCAAUUGGUUUUGAUGCAAACAACAUGGAACAUAUAUUGUACUGGAAGGCUCAGAUUGAUAUGGAGGAUGAGUUGAUUGCAUUCUCUAAGAAAUUUUUAGACAGGUACACUUUUUAACUAUGGAAUAUAUUUUAUUUGUUUUACAGCAUUCAAUAUGAAAGGAGCUUUUAUUAUUAAUGAAACAUGAAAUAAUUGAAAGGGUAUAACUUUGGGAGAGUUUCGUCCCUUUGCAAUAAAUAAUGCUAGAAAGUUAGCCUAAAUUAAUUAUUGUUGUAUUGCCAUGACAACCAAGAUAUGGUUGAUUCAAAAUUCAUGGUUUUAUUUUUAUUGAAUAAAAAUUUCAGAUUUCCUUGUUCAAGAAUACAGAGCGCAUGGACAGAUUGUCAUGUUUAUAUGAUUAACAAGUUUGUUGUUAAAUACCUUCAGGAGAAAAGGUACGCAAACACAAUUGACCAUAAACAUAUUAAUUUAUUAUUUGUAAAAAUCAUUUUUAUGAUCUUACUCCAAAACUUUCAAGGGCACAACUUUAUUAAUUUUACUUAGUGAAAUUGAAAAGGUAUUUCACUAUCUUAAUAUUUUUUAUGGAUAUAUUAAAUUGUUUAGCAUUUUUGCCAAUGGAUUAGUCUAUAAUAUGAAUUAUAAUAUUGCAUAUGGGGGGUGGGAUCUGGACUAUUACAAACUUAUGAAAGUUGACAAGUUUUACUUAUGCAUCUUUGCGCUGCCCCUAUUUACAGAGUGAAAAAAAUCAUAAAAUCUCAUAAUUGUUUUCAAGGGAACUGAACACCAUUCAAGGUGAAUUGAUUCCCUUGGUUGUAAGGAAACAAAUGUCCACCUAUAUUACAGACAGCCCUAAAGAUGAUGCAGACAUGAACAGUCCUAAUGGUGAUGGUAAACUGAAGAAAGGUAGAGCAUAUGCUUAUUGUUUUAGAAAUCUGGGUUGAAAAUAAACAGCCGUAUCUAUAAGUAUUGGCUAGCAAGAGCACAGUAAUUUUCUUUCAAAUCAUACAAUUAUUGUUGUUAUCAUAUACAUCAUUUAGCCUGCCUGUUUUGUUUUUUUUUUGUCUUUUGUUAAAUUAUUCUAAUAAAUGUAGCAAUAUUUUAAAUUCAAUGCUAAAUUUAUAUUUUGCAAGCGGUAAGUUGUAUUCUAAUGUGACAUUACAAAUCCAAUCAAAAUAUAUGGUUGCAAUUUAAAAAUGAUGGAGUUGCUCAUAUUUUUCCAUUAACAUAUUUUGACAACGUUCAAUUCAUUAUGAUAUUAGUAUUGUUGAUCUUUGACCCAAUUACCUGUUUUUCCUCAGAUCUUAUUGACUUUGCUGUCAAAUUUGAUAAUGAGCUGAUUAGUUGGGGUAAAAAUUUAUCAUUGACCAGUAACACUUUUGGUAAGUUUAAGUCCAUUCAUGCAAGAGAGAAUUAUUGCCAUUUUUUUAAAAUAUCUAUAUAUAUAAUUCCCCAGCAAAGGUCAAACACCACCAUCACCACGCAGUCUAUAUAUAGAUACUCCAGAGUGUGGUUCACUAGCGCGCAAAAUAUAAUUCCCGAUAACUACGCUAAAUGAUAUAUAUCUAUUUUUAAUAAGGCAAUUGCGUUUAGUGCGUAAUAUUUUCUUUUCAGAAAUGAAAUCGUCUCAAUUUAAGUAUUGUGUAAAAAUAUUCGGUUUAAAAGUGGUUGGGACAUGAGAAUAUUAAUAUAGUUCAUGGGUGUGAAAUAAAAAGUGUGCAGUGACAUAUCAUGGGGGAAGGGGUGUAGCAAAUAUUGGGAUUCUUAAAUGUGCUUAACUUGAGUUCACGUUUUUGUCAAGUAACCUUAGUAGAUGGGAAGUUCACACAUUGCUGUCGCCAAUGUUUGGCGGGCUCCAUCUAGUAGAUGGGAAGUUCACGCAUUGCUGUCGCCAAUGUUUGGCGGGCUCCACAUAGUAGAUGGGAAGUUCACGCAUUGCUGUCGCCAAUGUUUGGUGGGCUCCAUCUAAUAGAUGGGAAGUUCACGCAUUGCUCUCGCCAAUGUUUGGCGGGCUCCAUCUAGUAGAUGGGAAGUUCAUGCAUUGUUGUCGCCAAUGUUUGGCGGGCUCCAUCUAGUUACUUUUAUUUAAUCAAAACUUGUUUACAUUGAUAGGGAUCCUCUUAAAUUUUAAAAAAAAAAUUUUUAAAUCAUUGUUGGAAACUGAGGUGAUAUAUCAUUAAACAUUAAAAUUGACAUUCAUUACAUAAAUAUUUGUAUGCUACCUCUUGAUCUGUUAUGUUAUGUAACAUUGUUACUUCAGGACAAAGUAAAGAUGCUCCACAGAAGGAUUUGAUCAAAUGUUACGCCUAUAGGCAGACAAGUGGCUUUUGUGUGAGAGCUAAUAAUAUAGCAGCUUAUUUUGAAGCAUGUAAACAGGUAACAUAUUUCGUAUCUGCCUUUUUGAUGCUGCUUAAUUACCAUAAACAACAACUAGAGUAUUCCAAUCCUUGGCCCUUAGGCUGAAUUAAACUUAGUUCUUUUUUUGGAGAUGUCGACAAUGCAGAAUUUUUCAUAACUUUGGCUCAUGCAAGUGAUUUUUCAUGUAAAAUUAUUGGCACAUCUCUUAUAUAUAUAUAUAUAUAUAUAUAUAUAUAUUUAUAUCUAUAAGUAUAAAUAAUACAACAUCUCUUUAUUUUUCUCAGAUGCCACGACUAAUAACGAAGUUUGUCACCACAAAAAAAUCUGAUGAGUUGCCUAAUAUGCCAGAGUCGACAUCAAUAAAACCAAAAUCACAGGCAGGGAUAGUAAAAUAUACCAAUAUAGAAAGACUUGAUUUAAAUUUGUACAAUUAUUUUUUUACUUUUUGGCUCUUUAUACAGUAGUUGAAAUUGUUGCAUCUAUUUUAAUGAUCCAAACUUUCAUAUGUGCCUUGUUUUUUUGUGUGGGUCAACACGCAACUCUUUACAGCUCUUAUAAGAUAUAGUGAUAAGAAGAUAUAGUGAUACUCUUCUUAUAAGAAGAAGAAGAUAUAGUGAUGUUCUGUUUGGUCUUUUCUCUCUUACCGGUAUUUUGCAAAGUUCAUAGAUGAGCUUUAGUGUAAAAAGGUAAAACUGUAAGGUGGAAAAUAACAGCAAUCAUAUCAUGUGCAAAUUUAUUCUUCUGUUAUUUUGUUUGACUGUGAUUUUAAGAUUGAAAGCAGCAAAAAACUCAUAAUAUUUCAAAUAAAUUAUAAGGCUCCCAUGUUUAACUAGGUUGGAGCUGACUGCAUGUUGGGGGAGUGUGUGACCAUUGGUGAGAAGGUUUCUAUCAAGAAAUCAGUGAUUGGCAAACAUUGCAAAAUUGGAGACAAGGUCAAGAUAACAAACUCUGUUAUUAUGGGUCAUGUGAAUAUUCAAGAAAGGUUUGUCUUAAACACUUUGUUAAAAAUAAAAUUAAUAAAUAAUGAAACAUUUUUACUGUUACAAUAAAUAGGCAAAGAUCUUGAGAUCAUUUUUUCAUCUUGUCUUGUCAGUUGAAAAAUGUAUUGCAAAAAAAUGAAGUGUUUAAAUGUUCAUUGCCAAGUGAUUAAAAUUGAGACAAUGUUUUAAUGUGAAAUCUCAUUUCUGGUAUUGUUAUUUUAUAUAAGGAAUUAUUUGUGGACACGUUAAAUACAUUUCUUAUAAUAGAAGAAACUUUAAAUUUUUUUCAGUUCAAAUAUCACAAACUGUAUCAUUGCUGAUUCUGCAAACAUUGGAGAUAAAUGUGAACUGAUUGGUUGUAUUGUUGGUCAAAACCAGAGCAUUUCAACUAUGUGUAUGUUUAUCUCUUUAACAAUUUUGUUCUUAUAAAUGUUACAUAUUAACAGACAAAAAUGGGUUAACUUAAAAAUGAAUUUAAGACAUAACAACAGUCAACAAUAAUGAAGCUGCAUCAGCCAUAUUAAAAAAAUCACAGUAUUAAAGCAAAUUUGUUAAACAAGAUGACUGCAAAUAAAAGUUAUAAAAAUUAUUAAUAUUGAAAAUCUCUUCAACUUCUUGAGCUAUUAUUCAGUGUAGUUAUUUUGUCAAUUUCCCCACCAUUGCCUUUAUAUAUUAAUAUAAUUUAACUAUUUCCCCACCAUUGCCCUUGUAUAGUAAUAUAAUUUAACGAUUUCCCCACCAUUGCCCUUACACUGUAAUGUAAUUUAAUAAUUUCUCCACCAGCACCCUUAUAUUGGAAUGUAAUUUAAUAAUUUCCACACCAUUGAUCUUUUAAUGGUAAUGUUUAUUAGUUACACAAUUUUUGUAUCAUUUAUUGUUUGAUUGAUAUGACUUAUUUUAAAGAAUUUUUAUUCAAUCACAGCGAAAUACACAAACGAAGUUUUAAGUAACACAUCACAAAUGAUGGAAGUUCCAUUGGAAUGACAAUUAGACAAGCAUAGAAAGAAACCAAGCCAUCACUUGUGGAUUAUCAGCUUCAUUGCCACACUACUUUGUUUGCUUAUAAGUGUAUGUUAUAUUACGCUUCAAUCUAGAAAUUAAAAUUUAAUUAUCAAGCUCCAACUAUUUCCUUGAAUUUUAUUUUGCAUUGUCAACUUCAAUUUCCAUGUUGUUGUU